AUGAAGAGCCUCAUAGCGAGUAUUGUUAUGACUCCCUUUGUACAGCUUGGGGGAAGACCAUGGAAUUUGCAUGACAUAAUUACAGCGACUACUCUACUGGCCUUCCAUGGCGUCUGUUUGUUUGCUCCAUUCUAUUUCACCUGGGCUGCCUUUUGGGUAGCCGCAGCACUCUAUAUCCUCACCGGUUUGGGAAUCACUCUGGGUUUCCAUAGACACCUUGCGCAUAAGAGCUUCCACCUCCCCAAAUGGCUCGAGUACUUGUUUGCCUACUUCGGGGUUCUAUCACUUCAGGGAAGUCCGAUAGAUUGGGUGAGCACACACCGGUACCAUCACCAGUUUACAGACAAAGCGAAAGAUCCUCACAGUCCCUUGGAUGGUUUUUGGUUUAGUCAUAUGGGUUGGAUCUUUGAUAGCAACUCUCGUUAUCGAAUCUAUGGAGGACUGAAGAACGUAGAGGAUAUGAAGAAGCAGUGGUUCUAUAGGUUUCUUCAUUAUACGUACCUUGGACACGUACUUCUUUCUGGAGCUUUGCUCUAUGCACUGGGCGGACUACCCUUUUUUAUUUGGGGAAUGGGAGUGAGGAUCGUAUAUGUUCUACACUUCACUUUGCUAGUGAACUCGGCCGGUCACAUCUGGGGAAAACAAGUAUGGAACACCGGCGACCUGUCAAAGAACAACUGGUUAUUGGGAUGGAUCGCACUUGGAGAAGGGUGGCACAACAACCAUCAUGCAUUUGAGAACUCAGCUAGACAAGGUCUGGAAUGGUGGCAAGUCGACCUGACUUGGUACGUAAUCAGAGCUCUUCAAGCAAUUGGUUUGGCAACCAACGUCAAAACUCCUACUGAAUCCCAGAUGCGUCGCAAAGCAGCCCUCGCCAAGUAG